GAUUUACUGCCGUUCUCCUUUUGCUCAUUCAGCACGGCUUUCUGUUCUAUGACCUCCUGUCGCCAGAAUUCCUGCCGGAAGAUUUCAAGUUUGCUUUGGAUAUCCAGACCCGCUUGCUAGGGAGAUUGGCUAGCAACCUUGGAUCUCCUGCUGUCUUUGCAGCUCUAGGAUCAAAAAAGGAGAAGGCUCCUGUGGUUGUACCUCCUCGGGCUAUUGUUCAUAAGAAGGCCGACUAUAGCACAGCAAGGCAGCCCCCUUAUCACAACAGCUCAAAGGCCCCAAGCAGGAGGCCUCCCUCACCUCCACCUAAACCUACUCACCCUCCUCAAUCCAAAGGCUCAGGAGGAAAGUCCAAAGGCAAAGCGAGGUCCCCCUUCCAAGGCAAAGGUCAAAACAUUUGGGCCUGGACCCCUUCUGAGCCAAGUUGGGGCUGGACAAAGACCAAGAAGCCCAAAAAGAACCGGGGCUUGAAAAGGGUCGAGUGGUGGAACGCGAAAAAGCAAACACUUAUUGCGAAAAGCCACACGCCCCCUAUCCCUGUUCCCGCAGCUGCAGCUAGCGUCUCUGACACUGCAUCUGACGAGGCGUCUAGUCCUGAGGAGGUUUCGGACACGGAUCCUCCUGCAGCUCCACCUGACCCGGACAAGGCAGGAUUAAACAGCGCCCCAACAGCAGCAAAGGAAUCUGGCACAGCAGAUCCCACAAACAACACCCCCAUAGAAAUUCUUGAGGACAGGCCUGCAACUACCCAAGAAGAGCCCCGUCAGUCGUGGGCUGAUGCCUCUGAGGAGGCCCGCGGCAGAUCCCGGAAGCACGUAAAGCUGGCCUACGGGAGCGAGAAAGGCGAGGCCAACAUUCUCUUGAAAGACCGGGUGGAGGACGCAUAUGGCCAUUGGAUUGGUGCUCAGGUGCUAGGGACCAACGUGGCAAGCCUGCGUCAAUGGCAGCUCAUGAACCCGGCGGACAAAGUUUAUCUUGGAACCAAGGUGGUGAGAGAAUCAGAGAAGGCAGAGGAGAUUGGUUUGGGUUAUCUGCUGGAGGUGAAUAUGAACGAGGCGACCGUGACAGAGCCUUGGGCCGAGAACUGCUCCGUUUCACUUCCAACCCCACCAGGAGUUGCGGACGAGAACCCCGAUCUCCGCCAGAAAGCAAUGCAGUUCGGCUUCUCCCCCGGCCAAAAUUCUGCAGGAGCAGCAGAUCCCCCAUCCCCAGGCGAAGGUCCACAGGGGCAAGCAAAAAAGAAAAAGUCCAAGAAACAGCAGGUCAAGGAGAUGGUACUGAAGUCAAAAUGGACACCUGCACGGACUCCCCUCGACCCAUCUUACCGCCGCCCGAUCAAAAUUCGCAUGAGUCAGAAGCGCAAGGCCUCCUCCAGCUCAGGGUCAACAACAAGGAGCUCAUCCACCUCAGAGGAUCGAAGCUCAGAUCACCAGGUGCACCGGGUGGCGAAAAAGCUGCCGGGGUAUCUAGCCCGUUGCUGUUGCAAGGAGGCGAGCAAUCUCCUGGCCCAGGAUGUAGGGGAAGAGGGAUCAACUUAUGUGGUGAUGCAAAAAUAUUAUCGCCAGAUCUUGCUGCGACGCGGUGGCAGUCGACCACUUCUUCGCGAAAUGGCAACUUUGUCAUGGGGAAUGGACUUGCUUCUUCAAGGAAAGAUUUUGCAGCUAGCCGAUUUGUUAGCACAGCGACUGAAGGCAUUGGAGUUGAUUCAGCAAGGGACAACUGGGGAUUUGGCUGCUCAGCUAGAACUUCUUCCCAAGGAGAGCCAAGGGCUCUCCUCUCAGGCGGAGGAAGGUGUUGCAGGCAUUUUGCCGGCCAGAGAUGUUUGCAUAGGUGGGAUGUUUGGUGUGCCCAAAAAUGAGACCACGGCGGAAGGAAUAGAAAUUCUGCAUUACUUUGCUUUUUCGAAGCCGGUUCCCCAACAGUUUUGCCCGCCUAACACCUCUGGAACAUAUGUCCUCUAUAGCCGAGUAUUGCCAAUGGGAUUUUUGAAUUCGGUGGCGGUGGCGCAACACCUCCACCGUCAGGUGGUGGCGCAAGCUCUCAAAGGUUCCAUCAGCAGCUCGUGGGAAAUCAGGCGUGACCAAGAAUUUCCCCGUGCUCGGCAAUAUUUCAGAACAUAUUUAGAUAAUUUUGAUGAGCUUUGCAUUCACUCCAAGCAGAUUCUGUCAACAGAGCAUUUGUCUCUGGUUGAGCUCCUUCAAUCCAAGUAUUCCGAGCUGGGAAUCCCUCGGAAUGAAAAGAAGGCCAUCUCAAAUGCGGAAUGUGCUGAAAUUCAAGGGGCAAUCAUCAAUGGCGAACAAGGGACUUGCUCAGCCAAACCUGACAAAAUUUCUAAGUAUUUGUCCUCCUUGGUUUUUGUACUCCAACGGAAGGAGGUCAGCCGCAAGCAGAUGCAGAUGUUGGUAGGUGGUCUGGUCUAUUUGUUUUCAUUUCGGCGUCCCCUCAUGUCAGUCCUGAACGAGGAAUCCUUCCAAGACGGGGGCAUCCUAGUAAUUUCUGCUUUUGAUGGCAUAGCCAGCCUACGGGUGGCGUUGGACGCCUUACAUGCCAACGUAAGCGGGUACGCGGUGGGCCUCCUACUCAAGGAAGGUCUUUCUGGAAUGCAGGGCCUGGCCAAAUGCACCCACCGAGAUUUGCAG